GUGGCAUUUCACUCUCUCUGUGUCAAUGGCUACCAUUAGUAGCUACUUUCACAUAUGUGCCUCUGAUCAUCACUCUCGUAUUCGUCGAAUCUCUGAGACAGAUCAACCUCGACCCACAUAUCAAUUCGUCACUCUUUCGUCUCCUGUUUCCAGAAGAGACGCGAAUCUUGUACUCCUCUGCUCGCUUCCUUUGACGAGCUUCUUCGUUCUACCGACGAGUUCUUCUGAGGCGAGAGAGAGACGUAGCAGAAAAGUCAUCCCUCUCGAGGAGUACUCCACUGGCCCUGAAGGGUUGAAAUACUAUGACAUUGAGGAAGGUAAAGGUCCAGUAGCCACAAUAGGAUCAACUGCUCAGGUGCAUUUUGAUUGCCGUUACAGAAGCAUCACUGCAAUCUCCACCAGAGAGUCUAAGCUUUUGGCUGGGAAUCGUAGUAUUGCUCAGCCUUAUGAGUUCAAGGUGGGAUCUACGCCAGGGAAGGAAAGGAAACGAGAGUUUGUGGAUAAUCCAAACGGGUUGUUCUCUGCACAGGCUUCACCAAAGCCUCCUCCGGCAAUGUAUUAUAUAACUGAAGGAAUGAAAGUCGGUGGCAAGAGAACUGUGAUUGUUCCUCCUGAAGCUGGUUAUGGUCAGAAAGGAAUGAACGAGAUUCCGCCAGGAGCUACUUUUGAGUUAAACAUAGAGCUGCUUCAGGUGACGCCCCCUCAAGAGAAGAAAGAGAAGUGAACAAGAUUCUUCCAACAACACUGAUAAAAGAAGUUUGAAGCUUUCACAAGCAUAUGGUCUCAUCAUUUGUCAAAAGAUACAUUAUAGAGGAGAAACUAGAGAAUGUAAAUUUUGGACUCCGGUACACUAAAUAACCGGGUAUUGUUUGUUUGAAUAGAAUCUGUUAAAAGUAGCUGACUCCUACGUGACGGAUUUUAAUUGGCCCAAAAGUGUUAAGAGACUCCUAAUGUGAUAUGAUUG